UUUUAAUGAGAAAUGCUGGCCUCUGCUGGACAUGAGAGGAGAGGAGGAGCAUCAGAUCAGACCUCAUGUGUUCCUCUCUCACUGUAUCUGAAAACACAGCACCAGACACUGACAGAAAACACUUGCUGUCAUGUGUUGAUCUGUGAGGUUUUACACUGAAUGAAGAUGAGUGGAGUUUGAUCUGAUGCAAUGAUUCAGAGAAGCUCUUCAGGACGAGGGAAAAUGUCUCUGUGGUUUCUGCUUCCCAUCAGUUUGCCUGUGUUCACACUGCCUGGAAUCUGGAUCAUCAUUGAUUUUAUCCCAGUGAAACAAAGCCACACAUUCUCCUCUGAUGACUGUAACAAUGAAACCAUUGAUCGUUGUUUGUGGGUUACAGUGACUGUGAUCGUUCUGUUUGUGUGUUACAGUGACUGUGAUCAUUCUGUUUUGUGUAUUACAGUGAUUGUGAUUGGUCUGCUACGUUACGCUCAACUCAUCCAUAAGCACAGCAACAGUGUGUUGAACAUCGAGGGUCUGUUUGCCGGAUGGCUCUGUGCUGCAGGACUCAUGAUUGUGGGAAACUUCCAAGUGGACCAUGCUAAAGUCCUUCAUUAUGUGGGCGCGGGUCUGGCCUUCCCUGGCAGUCUGCUGUUUGUGUGCGUGCAGACGCUGCUUUCGUACCGCGCAGCCGAGACGCAGAGAGACUUCCAGACGGCUCAUCUGCGGCUGACGCUCACCGCGCUGGCCUUCACCACCCUCAUACUCAGCGGUGUGUUUUUCAUUCAGGAGAGUUUUGUUCUCCAGCACGCGGCUGCUAUAUUGGAGUGGAUGUUUGCCAUCAUCGUGCUGCUGUUUUACAGCUCCUUCUCGCUCGAGUUUGGCUCCAUCUCUUCAGAAACACUCACCGCUCUGAUGACGAGACGAGCCGGCGCGUCUGAGGACAGACACAGACUAGAGAAAGUCUAGACAAACGUCUGACGUGUGAACAUCAGCCUAAACAGAACAUGAGGAUUAACGUGCAACCUGCUGGAAAAACCUUUACAACCUUUAUCUGCGUUACAGACAAUCUGAAUUUAAGAAUGUAGAAGAAUUGUCAAAUUCUUUGUUAAAGGAACACGCCACUAUUUUUGAAAAUAGGCUCAUUUUCCAGCUCCCCUAGAGUUAAACAGU